AUAACCUAUUUCUUUUUUACCAAUGCCAAGUUAAUGGUAUACAUGUAAUAUAAAAAUAAUUAUGUACAGAAUUACUAGGAUCUUUAAAAACAACUCUAACUGCAGUUGUUAUUCGUUGGUAAGGUCAACUUCAACCAAAAGUAAGAACAUCCCAGUAGUAAGACAGACUCUUCGUGAAAAAGUUGCUUCUGAACACAAGGUAGCCCCUUUUGGAUGGUUUCUUUUGGUAAUUCCUGUUUCAACAUUUGCAUUGGGCACGUGGCAAGUUCAGAGAAAGAAAUGGAAAGAAGAUGUUCUUGCUAAAUUAAGAUCUUUAACAAAAGAAGACCCAAUACCUCUGCCCGAAGAUUUAAAUGAAGUAGCAAAACUUGAAUAUCGUCCAGUGCAUGUUAAAGGAAAAUUUUUACAUGAUAAGGAACUGUAUGUUGGGCCCAGAUCCUUUAUUAAGGAUGGUGAGGCAUCAACAGAGGGUUCAGUGUUUUCUGAAGGAAACGUGCAUUCGGGUUACAACGUGAUUACCCCAUUAAAAUUAUCUGACAGGGAUGAGAUAAUAUUAGUAAAUAGGGGCUGGGUACCAAACAAAUUUAAAAAUCCUUCAUCUCGUCCUAAAGGUCAAGUUGAGGAGGAAGUGGAUGUUAUAGGUAUAGUACGUUUCCAUGAAAAUAGACCCCCCUUUGUAACUAAUAACAUGCCUCAAACUAAUAACUGGUUUUAUAGGGAUUUGAAUGCAAUGUGUGAGAAAACUGGAGCAGCACCAAUAUUUUUAGAUGCGACCACUGAUUUCAAUAUUAGUGGAGGUCCCAUUGGAGGACAGACAAGAAUUUCUUUGAGAAAUGAACAUUUGUCAUAUAUAAUCACUUGGUACAGUUUGUGUGCCCUAACAAGUUAUCUUUGGUAUAAAAGAAUAUAUUUAGGUGAAAUACCUGCAAACAGAUUUCUUUGGAAUCGGCCAAAAUAAAUCCUUAACUGAAUUUGGAUCCUGAAAUCUUUUUCUUAGGUAUUUCUUUUGUAAAUACUCGUUUUUAAAAGCAAUUUAUCCAAUAAAAUUUACCUAUUAAAA